AUGGAUAAAGAGGAUUUAUACGAUGAGUUUGGAAACUUUAUUGGUGACUUGAACGAGACUGUAAAGACAGAUUUACCCACAGAGGAAGCCCAACAAAGUGUUCUUGAAGAUGAUGAGGAACUAGAGCUGCCGUUUGAUGAUGAUGACGAGGAGGAGGACACAACUGCAUUAGUCACAAAACAAUAUGGUACUGACGUAGAAGUACUGGUAGAAACGGAGAAUAUUCAGUCUUUUGACGAGCCACUUGUAAAGCCGCAAGAAUCGAAUGUAUCCAAACCCGAACAUGUUCUAUUUACAAAGGGAAGGAGAAAUAUACCCAAGGCAACUCUUGAUAGAGAUUAUAUGCUAUCAUUAUUACAGAUACCAGAAAGGAUAAGGAAUGUGGCGGUUAUCGGACCUUUACAUUCCGGGAAAACUUCGUUAACAGACUUGUUUGUAUACGAAUCUCAUAGGCGAUUGAACUGUGUUAGCAAAUCCGUGGAGCAAGGUUGGAAGCAGCUGAAAUAUAUGGAUGCCCUUAAGCAAGAGAUAGAAAGAGGUGUGUCCAUUAAGUUGAAUGGGUUCACGUUUUUAGCAGAGGACUUGAAUGAUAAAUCGUUAGUAGUAAAUUUACUGGAUGCACCAGGCCACGUCAACUUUAUGGACGAAGUCGCAGUGUCGUUGGAUGCGUGUGAUAUUGCAAUGAUAUGCAUUGAUGUUGUCGAGGGUGUAACUGCAGUUGUUGAACAAUUGAUUAAACAGUGUGAAAGAAGGAAAAUGGACAUUAUAUUCGUGAUCAAUAAAAUCGAUAGGUUGAUACUAGAGUUCAAAAUAUCACCACAUGAUUGCUAUCUGAAACUAUUGCAUCUGGUAACUAAGCUUAACACGUUUACAAAGUCAAGGUACUCUCCAGAACUGAAUAACGUCGCAUUUGCAAGCAGUUUACUUGGGUUUUCCUUUACCAUGGCCCAAUUUGCAAAGCAACACUACAUUGACAAAAUAGCCGUAUCAAGACGAAAGCAGUUUACAAAAGCAUUAUGGACACAAUACUUCGAAUCAUUUGUACUGGAACCGAUCUACAAAAUCGUAACUCAUACGCUAUCCACCAACGAUCUUGACAUACUGGUUUCUAAACUUAAACCGAUAAUGCCACUGCCCCCCAAAAUCCCAGAGAACUUUACUGAUCCAUUACCGUUGCUGAAGUACGUUUUCCAAACCUUUAUGGGGAAAAGACAGCUCGGGAUACAUUCGGCCUUACAACAGUGCAGUUCUCCCACAUAUUUGAAAUCUCCAAAUACGAUCGCCCACAUAUUGAAAACUCUGGAUUAUGGAGGAGACGAAUAUUGUCUUGUUAAAAUAAUCUCUGGUCAACUUGUCACAGGCUCUGAAAUAUUUGUCGUUGAUUCAGAUUCAGACAUAAUAGAUGACAAUGCGGACAAAGAAGUAGCUAUUGACACAGUUUCUAUUUUGGGUGGUAGAUACGUGCUGGAAUGUGAAAGGGCGUACCCUGGUCAGAUUGUUUUAGUAAAAGGUAUAUCCCAUCAAAUCGAGAAGUCGGGUACCCUAUUUUCUUCAAAGCAAUCUUUGUCCGACCACCAUGAGCUGUUCUUACCGAAAAUUGACUACAUAAAUAUUCCCAGUUUCAAAAUGGUACUGGAACCGUUGAAUUCAAAGGAUCUCCCUCGCUUAAUGGAUGCUUUGAAUAAGAUCAACAAGUACUACCCUGGUGUGUUGAUUAAGAUAGAGGAAUCAGGUGAGAACGUUAUCAUUGGUUCUGGCGAACUGUACAUGGAUUGCCUACUAUAUGAUCUCCGGAUCAAUUAUGCAAAGAUGGAAAUCAAAAUAUCUGAUCCAAUGACUAUCUUUCGUGAAAGUUGUGCCAGUGAAUCAUUUGCUGCAAUCCCCAUUACCAUGUCAAAUGAUAAAAUCACAAUAAGUAUUGGCGCUGAACCGUUGGAUCUAAAUUUUAUCAAAGAUGUUGGUCAAGGUAAAUUGGAUCCCGCAUUAUUCGAGAAGGAAUCAAACGUAAGGGAACUAUCUAAAUUAUUGAGGAAAAAUUACGGAUGGGAUUCUUUAGCUGCACGGAACGUUUGGUUUUUUUACAACACAAAUGUUUUUAUAGAUGACACUAUACCAGACGAAACAGACCGCGACUUAUUGAACAACUUCAAAGAACAAAUUAAGCAAGGUUUUUACUGGGCGGUGAAGGAAGGCCCCCUAUGCGAGGAAAAUAUAUUUGGUGUUCAGUUUAAGCUACUCAGCUUCACCGUCAAUGGUUCGCUGGACGAUGCAGACAUGGUACAAACAGUUGGUAAUCAACUAAUCCCAAUGAUCAGAAAGGCCUGUUACAUUGCCCUUCUGACAGCGAAACCAUGUCUCCUGGAACCAGUCUACCAAGUUGAUAUUGUAGUCAACAGAGAGCUGCAGAUUGUGGUUGACGAACUAUUCGCUAAAAGAAGGGGUGGUAGAAUAUACCGUACUCUGCCCAUCGGGGGAACCCCAUUCUUGGAGGUUAGAGGCCAACUACCAGUGAUCGAGUCCUUCGGAUUCGAAACAGAUCUAAGAUUGGCUACGCGGGGUCAAGCAAUGUGCCAGUUACAAUUCUGGAACGAAAUUUGGAGGCGUGUACCUGGGGACGUGAUGAAUAGUGAUGCGGUGAUCCCGAAGUUGAAGCCCGCGCCUAGGGAGUCCUUAAGUCGUGAUUUUGUUAUGAAGACGAGGCGCAGAAAGGGUCUAUCGAAUGACGGAUUUGUAUCCGACACAGACGGGCCUAGUUUGUCCAAGUACAUUGAUCGCGGGCUGUUUGAACAGCUACAAGGCAACGGUCUGGUAUAA